UGACACUUGACCCGUAUCGCUACUGUUUACCUAAAAUCGAGACCCCUGUUACUACACUCUAACGGACCUGAGUGUAGGUUCGUCACAAGGAGCCUCUAUCUCAGUGUCGUCUGAGCACCAAAUGUCUUCCUCAGCGACGCCUAUUUUUAAGGGGCAAAUACGGGAGUUACCUACUGUGCCCCCCGAACUACCUGAAGAAGUGCCAAGCAUUGCUUCUAAUGCUAAAAAGACGAUUACUAGUACCCUCAUAUCGCAAGAUUUAAGCCCUGGCAGUCCACUCCGCCGAAGCCCAAGGCUAAAGCAAUCCGUUUCCUCAAAGCUGGCUUUAAAUACACGGAAACCACCACUUUCACCUAUCCGCGAUCAUGACAAAGUCUCCAAGGUAAGGGGUUCUCGAACUCCUAGUAUUAAGUUGGGCAGAAUAUCUAGAAUUCAGGAGCAUCGGGGCAGCACACGAUCCACUCAAUGCAACGCGGGGAAAUGCAGCAAUCGAGUGAGAUUAUUCGACGACUCACCUGACUGUAUAGACUCGUCCAAACGAAAAAGCGCAGAAGAGUUUAUCGCAUUUUACAAUGAUUUCAAAAACAAACACGAACAGUUACUCGCUUCUACACAGAACAAUAACGUGCGAACUGGCAAGCUCCCUGAGUUCCGAAUCUCUGUGUGUAUCAUUGAUACAGGCAUUGAUAAGAGCCACCCUGCUAUUAAGGGAGCCUUGCGAGAGGACCGGAUCCAGGGUUACCGCAGCUGGGUGGGAAACGAGGAUGAUGUCCACGAUAAUUAUGGGCACGGAACUCACGUUGCUGACAUUAUACUGAAUGCAUCUGAAAAUGUAGACCUAUACAUAGCUAAGGUUGCGGACGGCCUAGAUAUUGAGCCUCAUGGCAUAAGCAAGAUUGCAGAGGCAAUUUCUUAUGCCACUACUGUGUGGAACGUUGACAUCUUGACAAUGUCUUUUGGUUUUCUUGAAAUAGAACUAGAUGUCAAAAAGGCGAUCGACGACGCUUUGCGGCGUGGCAAGCUGCUUUUUGCCUCGGCCUCUAACCACGGCAAUAACCAGAUGGGGAGAACGUACCCAGCAAAACAUAGAAACGUCAUCUCCAUCAGUGCUUCCACUGGAAAGGGGAAAGACGGGCAGAUUAGUCCAAGCCCCGAGAGCAAUGAUGAUAACUUCAUGACGUUGGGGAUCGCGGUCCCCCUUAUCUGGAAGGGGAAACGCGUCUAUAAGUCAGGUACUUCAUACGCAACCCCCAUUGCUGCUGGGUUUGCCAUCAACGCUCUGGAAUUUGUAUUCAGAGUCAUGGGCCAGGAGCACUUCAAGGAGUUGAAGCAAAGCGACGAUUUCAUGCGUUGUGUUUUGCGACUUAUGAGCAAAGAAGAUCCCUCUGGGUAUAGAUUUGUUGCUCCCUGGCUCUUGUGGGACGGGCGGAAGACUGCCGAUUUCGUUUCUCACCUACUCCGCCAUGCCAUGUAUAACAAGUGACUAUAUGUGUGCCUCAAUGUGUCCCAAGGCGGAACUGUUAGGUGUAUGAGAGUAUAUGAAUACAAGAGGGGUCUAUUGUCUAUAUAAUGGGUAGCCAGCUCCCUCGAGGAAAGUUAUAAGGCUAGGUACAGUUUCUAAUAUUCUCUUUACAAAUGACAAAUGAUAUCCAUCACGGGAUCUCUUUGACAUAUUAACUCAUUCUGGCAGUAUUGCAGAUAGGAUUGUAGUGUUUAAACCCCCUAUUACACUUCUGGUCUUUUACACGGAUGCCCGGUGGCUUACCUAAAGUCCCUGCUAUAAGCUGUUUAAGCGCGUACCUAAGGUAUUGUACCUGCAUUUACCUAGGAGGCACCUUACCUACUUGGGUACCUGGUAUGCAACAC